GGCCUUAGCUGAACAGAGGCAGCGGGUAACUCCCUGUGGCUGGAAGACACCGACCUCGGAAUUCCUCUCAACCUGCAGCUUCACGAGCUUCUCGGCUGAGUUGAAGAACCUUGUGGUUUCAAAAACAGCUCUCCCUCAACAAGUUCUGUUUGCAAGGAAAACCUUCCCCAUUUGUCCCUCCUGGCGUGCCUUCUUCCAUUGAGACCAAUGCAGAAUAGACCAGAGAUGGGCAGCAGCGAGCCCCUUCCCAUCGUGGACAGUGACAAGAGGAGGAAGAAGAAGCGCAAGACCCGGGCUACCGACUCCCUGCCAGGAAAGUUUGAAGAUGUGUACAAGCUGACCUCCGAAUUGCUGGGAGAAGGAGCCUAUGCCAAAGUCCAGGGCGCCGUGAGCCUGCAGACUGGCAAAGAGUACGCUGUCAAAAUCAUCGAGAAGCAGGCAGGGCACAGUCGCAGUCGAGUGUUCCGUGAGGUGGAGACGCUGUAUCAGUGUCAAGGGAACAAGAACAUUUUGGAGCUGAUUGAAUUCUUCGAAGAUGAUACACGGUUUUACUUGGUCUUUGAGAAACUGCAAGGAGGCUCCAUCCUAGCACACAUCCAGAAGCGGAAGCACUUCCAUGAGCUAGAAGCCAGCAGAGUGGUGCGGGAUGUUGCCACUGCCCUUGACUUCCUGCAUACUAAAGGCAUUGCUCACCGUGAUCUGAAGCCAGAAAACAUACUGUGUGAAUCUCCAGAAAAGGUGUCUCCAGUGAAAAUCUGUGACUUUGACUUGGGCAGUGGGGUGAAACUGAACAACUCCUGCACCCCCAUAACCACCCCAGAGCUGACCACUCCAUGCGGCUCUGCAGAGUAUAUGGCACCUGAGGUGGUGGAGGUCUUUAGGGACGAGGCCACUUUCUAUGACAAGCGCUGUGACCUGUGGAGCCUGGGUGUGGUCCUCUACAUCAUGCUGAGUGGCUACCCCCCCUUUGUAGGUCACUGUGGGGCUGACUGUGGCUGGGACCGGGGAGAGGUGUGCAGGGUGUGCCAGAACAAGCUAUUCGAAAGCAUCCAAGAAGGCAAAUACGAGUUUCCUGACAAGGACUGGGCUCACAUCUCCAACGAGGCCAAAGACCUCAUCUCUAAGCUCCUGGUUCGAGAUGCAAAGCAGAGACUCAGCGCGGCCCAAGUUCUGCAGCACCCGUGGGUACAAGGGCAAGCUCCAGAAAGGGGACUCCCCACGCCGCAAGUCCUCCAGAGAAACAGCAGCACCAUGGACUUGACCCUCUUCGCAGCUGAGGCCAUUGCCCUUAACCGCCAGCUGUCCCAGCAUGAGGAGAACGAACUGGCUGAGGAACAUGAGGCCCUAGCUGAGGGCCUCUGCUCCGUGAAGCUGUCCCCUCCAUCCAAAUCUCGCCUGGCGCGAAGGCGAGCCCAGGCCCAGGCUGGACGGAGCACAGAUGCAAACCCAUGUUCAACACCUGCGGGCCUCUGAACCAUUGCAGGCGCACCUUGUAGGCCUGUCAAGGUGGCGCUCCCUGGAAACCUGUGAGGUCAAAGGGUGUAGCAGGCAGAGGGCCUGCCCUGCAGCCCCAAGCAGGCCUUUUCCAUCCACAAAAGGCUCCCUGGGUUCCCACCCAUCCCCCAUUUCCCUUGGGUCCUUAGAGGAGAAAGCUUUUUCCAAAGGGGUUGUCUUUGAAAAGGAAAGCAAUCACUUGUCACUUUGCAUAAUCGCCUGCAGCAGGAACGUCUCUUCGCCCUGGCUCCUACCGCUCCCGGUGUGCAGAUCCCGGAUCCAGCUGGCGGUGGGGGCUGCCGGGGCUCCGCCUUCAGGGAGCUAGCUUCCAGGAGCUGACAGAGGCUGCCAAAACACAUGCCUCUUCUCUCCCUGCACUGUCACCUUCUGGCGAUCCUCCUACCUUCCUCUGUCCUACAGACGUCCUCUCUGCCUGUCCUCUCCCUGGC